AUGUUGCUGCUUCCGUGCAGGCAUGGAUCCUCUUUUCCUAAACUAAAUAACUUGGUACCAAGUGGCAAAAUGAAGAUUCUCCUGGUCUUUCUAGGUCUGCUUGGUAAUUCCAUUGCUAUGCCAAUGCAAAUACCCCGAAUGCCUGGAUUUAGCAGUAAAAGUGAGGAGAUGAUGCGGUAUGGUCAAUUCAACUUUAUGCACACAGCACAUAUGGCACAGCUGGGACCCAUGUAUGGAAAUGGCAUGCAAUUCCCUCAGCUCUUCCCACAGUACCAGAUGCCCAUGUGGCCUCAGCCACCACCCAACACAAGGCGUUGGAAGAAAUCCUCAUCUCCCUCAGGACAAAAACACCAGAGCAAGACUGAUCCAGCCCCAGAGACCCAGAAACCCGACCAGCCUCAACCAGAAGAGUCACCACCAAAGCAGCAUUUAAAGCAGCCUGCCGCAACUAAGCAUGAAGAGGAAGCCCGGCCGCCUCCGGCAUUCCCAUCAUUUGGCAAUGGACUAUUUCCCUAUCAACAACCUCUGUGGCAAGUUCCACACAGGCUACCACCAGGUUACGGACGUCCACCAGCCAGCAAUGAAGAAGGCGGGAAUCCUUACUUUGGAUAUUUUGGAUAUCACGGAUUUGGGGGUCGUCCUCCUUAUUAUUCAGAAGAGAUGUUUGAACAAGAUUUUGAAAAACCCAAAGAAGAAGAUCCUCCUAAAGCAGAGAGUCCAGCCACCGAACCCUCAUCUAAUUCAACAGUUCCUGAGAGUAAUUCUACCCAACCAAAUGCAGCCAAUCCCAAAGGGAGUCAGGGUGGGAAUGACACCAGCCCAACAGGAAACAGUGGCCAUGGGCCAAACACUGGGAGCAACCCUACAAUUCAAAAUGGGGUCAUCCCACCCCCUAUAGUUAAUAAUUCAGGCCAGGGAGUACCAAGACGUCAAAUCCCAUGGAGACCAAGUCAGCCAAAUAUUCAUGGAAAUUAUCCAAAUCCUAACAUCCGAAAUUUUCCUGCAAGAAGACAAUGGCGUCCCACUGGUACUGCCAUGGGCAACAGACAGAAUGGGCCUUUUUACCGAAAUCAACAAGUCCAAAGGGGUCCUCGGUGGAACUCUGUUGCUUUGGAAGGCAAACAAUCAGUUCGCCCAGGAAAUCCAAUUUAUCACAAAGGUUACAUUUCCACUACAAGAGGCAAUUCUCCCAGUCAUGCAGGAAAUCCAGCAAAUUUCAGAAGAAAGCCUCAGGAGCCAACUAAACCCCCGAUGGGAACCAAUGUUCCUCUGGCCCCAAAACAUGAUACUGUUGGCCAAAACGAUAAUGUCCAAAAUCCAAGAGAGAAACCACCAAGUCAAAAAGAAACAACAGUCAUUCCUACAAGAGAUCCAACUGACCCCUGGAGAAACUCUCAAGAUUAUGGAACUAACAAACCAGACUAUAAACUGCCUCACUCUGAAGGUAACACACUAGUCCCAAAUUUUAAUUCUAUUGAUCAACGUGAAAACUCUUAUUACCCAAGAGGAGAUUCCAGAAGAGCCCCAAAUUCUGAUGGACAAACCCAAAGCCAGAAUUUUCCCAAAGGGAUUAUUUUAGAGCCAAGAAGAAUCCCAUAUGAAUCAGAAACUAAUCAGCCAGAAUUAAAGCACAGUACAUAUCAGCCUGUAUACACUCAGGAAACCCCUUUCCCUGCAGGAGAACAUUUUCCUGCUGAAAGAAAUACUUGGAAUCACCAAGAAAUCUCUCCACAUUUUAAGGAAGAUCCUGGGAGGCAGGAAGAACACUUACCUCACCCUUCCCUUGGCUCUAGAGGAGGUGUUUACUACCCUGACUAUUACCCCUAUGAUCCCAGGGAAAACUCACCAUACCUUAGAGGCAAUGCAUGGGAUGAGAGAAAUGAUCCUCCCAAUAAUAUGGGGCAACCUGAAAAUCCACUGUACCCCACGAAUAUUCCAGACCCAAAAGAGACAAUCCUUUAUAAUGAAGAGGACCCAAUUGAUCCAACUGGAGAUGAACAAUUCCCAGGACAAAGUAGAUGGGGUGUGGAAGAGUCGAGCUUUAAAGAAGGCCCAACAGUUAGGCACUACGAGGGGGAGCAAUCUACCUCAAAUCAACCAAAAGAAUACUUUCCCUAUUACUUAGAUAAUCCAGUGAAACCCAGGGAGGAUUUUCCUUAUGGUGAUUUUUACCCCUGGAGCCCAGAUGAGAAUUUCCUACCAUAUGAUACAACUCCCACUGUAUCACCACCUGUGGAGAGCACGGGCUAUUAUAUCAAUGAUGUUAUUGGACAAGAAGAAAGCACUCCAUUUCCUUCUUGGAACUCCUGGGACCACAGGAUUCAAGCCCAAGGGCAGAAAGAAAGAAGGCCAUAUUUUAACAGAAAUUUCUGGGAUCAGCCAACAAAUUUACACAAAGCCCCUGCUAGCCCACCAUACCAGAUAGAGAACCAGCCCUAUCCUAACUCCCCAGCUGGGCUUCAGAAAAAUCCAACAUGGCAUGAAGAUGAGAAUUUGGAUUAUGGCAUGCAAACUACUAGGUUAAAUUCACCAGAGGGAGAACGUGUGGCUUUCCCAGACUUAAUUCUUCAGAGUUACCCAGCAGGUCAAAAAGAAGCACAUUUAUUUCACCUAAGCCAGAGGGGAACUUGCUGUGCUGCUGGCUCCACAGGGACUAAGGACAAUCCACUUCCUCUACAAGAUUACACUCCAUCCUUUGGUCUUGCACCAGUGGAGAACGAAGACACCAGCCAUCUCUAUGCAGAAGAUAGUCACACUAUGCAUGCAAGAGAUAGCAUCUCCCCAACAAGCAUGCCCCCUGGCCAAGGAAACAGCUCAGAGAAAAGACUGCCUGGAGAAAGUGAAAACCCAAGUCCUUUUAGAGAUGAUGUGUCCCCUCUGAGGAGGAACACACCAUGUUCUAUAAAGAAUCAACUGGGCCAAAGGGGAAUUAUGCCCGUUCCUGAAGCCAGUUCCUUUCAAUCAAAGAACACACCUUGUCUCAAAAGUGAUCUUGGAGGAGAUGGGAACAAUGUUUUGGAGCAAAUAUUUGAAGACAACCAGCUUAACGAAAGAACUGUUGACCUUACUCCUGAGCAGCUUGUUAUUGAUACACCUGAUGAAGGCCCCAAGCCAGAAGGAAUCCAAAGUGAAGUGCAAGCAAAUGAGAGUGAAAGGCUACAUCAAAGGCCACCUAGCAUCCUACAGUUACCAUGCUUUGGCUCCAAUUUAGCAAAGUAUCACUCCGCCAGCACUGGAACUCCAUCUAGCAUUGGAAGGCCAGGCCCAUUUGAUGGGGAUCCAAUUAUGCCUACUGAAAUUCCUAAUUCAUUGGCUGGGUUAGCUACUGGGGCAGAGUUUCAGAGUAUAAAUGUAGACCCACUUAAUGCAGAGGAACACACUCCAUUUGAUUACAUUCAAAUAGGGACUGAUCCACAGGACCAGGUGCAAGACUGCCUACUUCUUCAGGCCUAG